AGAACAACCAUUCACAGACACCAAAACAUCAAACCACCUCAUCCUUGGGUUUUCAGAGCGGCCGACACUGAAUCAUAAUGGCCACGAUGCAGCUUCUACUUCCAGGAGAUCAUAUCACCACAAAUCAAGUACCGACAUCUCAGAAGCGCAAAAUAGGUCGCGGACUUCGACAAGAUCCGGCUACAAAUGACUUCACAGCCACCAUCGGUGGACUGCUGGAAGUUGACUACCGCAAGAAGACCGCACAAAUAGCUACCCCAGAUGCUCGAUACAUACCCAAAGCGGGUGACCUUGUGAUUGCUCAGUUUAAAGCAUCAUCAACAGACUUCUUCCAUCUCUACAUCAACUCACAUUCACCACAAGCGAUAUUACCACAACUGGCAUUCGAAGGCGCAACCAAAAAGACAAGACCCCAACUCAAAGCUAAUGAUCUUGUGUAUGCCAAAGUUGUGUCAGCGCAGAAAAACAUGGACAUCGAACUGAGUUGUAUGAAUCCGUCAACAGGCAAGUCGGAGCCAGACGGUUUAGGUCCGCUUACAGGUGGUAUGGUGUUCGAUGUCAGCCCUGGGCUUGCAGACAGAUUGUUGAAGAAGCAAGGGGUGUCAGCUUUGGACGACCUUGGAUCAAGGCUGCCUGGUGGAUUUGAAGUGGCUGUUGGCAGGAAUGGCAAAGUCUGGGUAGACUGUCCCGAGGCUGGCGUGAAGGGGAUUUGUGCCGUUGGGCGAUGCCUGAGGGAGAUGGACGAGAACGAACUACGGGAGAAAGAGCAGAAGAAGCUUGUCAACAGGAUCAUGGGCGAACUGGAGCGUGGAUGAAAGGCGUUGGAUUACCGGCCCAUCAUUCAACAUAACUAACAUCUCGCUACUGAGGCAGACGGCAGAGACACGAAAGUCGCUAUGUGGCGGCGAAACGAUUUGCUGAGGUCUACCGUCCUCCUGGAGGGCGCAUUGCCCAGCCACGAUGUCCACAAGUUGGGAGCAGCCAUUAUUCGGACGACAAUCCCGCCCUGGCGUGGAGAUUCAUGCCCAUGAGAAAUGUGGACUACGAGAAGCAGGAGAUUUGGCGACGGCCAUUGAUGGCCAUGUGCGAGGUCAAUAGGGCGGUGGGAAUGUCUACAGGUGUAAUGAUAUGGAAGAGAUUGCAGUAGCUUACAGUCACGAUAGCUGGAGAAGAACAUUGAUAUGC